AUGGGGUUUACGAAUACCAAGUUUCGUAGACAUAAAAUCGAGAAUGAGGAGUUGCAGGCUGUUUGCUGUUUUCCGGUGCCCUCGGCACACAUCCCCGACCUGCCUUCAAGCAACCUCAGGCCAGUAGGAGACGACUCAGGGCAGUCCAUGGCCAUUGGAAAGAAGUGGUACUGGGAGACUGGAGAGUCGAUACACAUUCGCUUUGUUAACAAGAACGACGCCCUCGAACGCGUUCUCGAGGACGCCGCUAAAGUCUGGGCAAAAUAUGCCAACAUAUGCUUUGUCUUUGACGAUUCACUCGACGCACAGGUUAGAGUCUGUUUCGAUGAUAGGCUACAUGGAGGGUGGUCAAGGGUCGGCAAGCCCGACCACGAGAAUGCGCCGAAGGAUAAGCCAACCAUGACAUUGGGCGGCAAUCUGUCGAAUAAUACCUUUAGGAGGACAGCCCUACAUGAGCUAGGUCAUGUGCUUGGGUGCAUUCAUGAGCAUUGCAAUCCCGUUGCGGAUAUUCAGUGGAACAAAGAGGUUGUCAUUAAGUGGUACGCGCAAUUGGACCCGGGGUAUGACAAGGGGUGGGUAGAGAACAACAUUUUCAAGAAGUUUGAGAAGGAGGCUUUCGAAGUGACUCUGUUCGAUGAAAGAUCCAUCAUGGUCUAUCCCAUCCUUCCUGGAUGGGUCGCCGGAGCCGAGAUGAUAGUAGACUGGCCGCGUGAGCUAUCGCCCUUCGACAAGAUGCUGGUUGGCAGGGCGUACCCGCCGAUCAUGUCCACUGAACUGGUGACCUACCAUACCAAUGAAACUAGGGAUUGGUUCAAGCCGGAGCCUGAUAAUGUCAAGAAGGUUAGGAUCAUAAACCCUCUCAAGAAGGAGCUGGAACUCGCCAUUGGCAUCACGCACUUUGACCUGCAGGGUAAGAAGAACCUGCACCUCUCCGCCUACGCCGAGUCGUGGGACCAGAGCACCAAAAGCACCUUCAACUUGCAUCUCGACUCUAGAGAGGGCACCACCAUGUACUCGGCCGGCGCCACCUGCAUGCUCAUCGAUAAGUACACAUACAGGCUGCAGAUGGGCUCCUACGUCACCCAAAAAGCGGACCUAAUAAGCGACGCGGCUGAGAACAAGAAUAAAGAAUACAGGAGCCACAUCAGAUUCAAUUGGCCCUUCAAGCAGAAGCCCGGCGUGGUGGUCUGGCUGCGGGGCUUUGACUUUGAAACCGGCCACCCCUACUCCAUCAACGUCUACACUGAAGAUGUGGACCAAGAUGGCUUUUACAUGUGCGUCGAGGCGGUCCACAACGCGUGGCUCAAUAGCGCUGAGGUAUCGUGGAUCGCUUAUGACAAGGACCCGCCCGAUAUCAAGUCAGAUCGGCUCAACUUUGAGAGCUUCAAGAAGUCCCAGGACGACAACUCGAAGUGGCCUAAGAAACACUGCAUAAAGGAGAAGAAACUCGGCCAGUGGCAGCUGACCAGGUUGUAUGCCGGCGUGUCCAAGUUCAGGUUUGAUCAUAGGUUCAACGUACGCAUGGCCAUUGACGUCACGCCCUCGGAGUCCUCUUUUGAAAUCGAUGCUUCUACUUGGUUUGACAGUGUCUGUGACGGGAUUGAAGUGUCUUACAUAGCAAUAUGUAUUUGAAUAGGACUGGUAUCGUGGCCGAGCGCUACGUCUGAAUGUAUUUUCAAGUUCAGGUCUUCCGUAGAUGUCGGUUGCUGGGACUAGGUAGCUACCUGUACC